UCUUUUUAGCAGCCACACACAAGUCGGCCAUAUUAGAGAGAUGGAAAUAAAGCUUCCUUAAUGUUGUAUAUGUCUUUGAAGUACAUCCGUGCAUUUUCUUUCUUAGCUUCUAACCAUUCCUCCCUUGUGGUCCUUGGUCCCUCAAUCACCCUCUCCCAUAGCCCACCCGCCUAACAUCACUGUCUCUGAAAAUGCACAGGGAUGCCUGGCUACCUCGCCCUGCCUUCAGUCUCACGGGGCUCAGUCUGUUUUUCACUUUGGUACCCCCAGGACGGAGCAUGGAAGUCACAGUCCCCACCACUCUCAGUGUCCUCAAUGGGUCUGACACCCGCCUGCCCUGUACCUUCAACUCCUGCUACACCGUGAACCACAAGCAGUUCUCUCUAAACUGGACUUACCAGGAAUGUAGCAAUUGCUCAGAGGAGAUGUUCCUCCAGUUCCGAAUGAAGAUCAUUAACCUGAAGCUGGAGCGGUUUGGAGACCGUGUGGAGUUCUCCGGAAACCCAAGUAAGUAUGACGUGUCGGUGACACUGAAGAAUGUGCAGCUGGAAGAUGAAGGCAUCUACAACUGCUACAUCACCAACCCACCGGACCGCCACCGUGGCCAUGGCAAGAUCUACCUGCAGGUCCUUCUGGAAGUGCCCCCAGAGCGAGACUCCACAGUGGCAGUCAUCGUGGGUGCCUCAGUGGGGGGCUUCUUGGCUGUGGUCAUUUUGGUGCUGAUGGUAGUCAAGUGCGUGAGGAGGAAAAAAGAACAGAAGCUGAGCACGGAUGACCUGAAGACCGAGGAGGAGGGCAAGACUGACGGCGAGGGCAACGCAGAAGACGGUGCCAAGUAACCGCAGCCCGCCCCGACGCCCCUCCCUGUGUCCUGUCUCCUCUCACUCUCUGCCCUGUACAGUGUAACCCUGCCUGCUCUCUCUUGGUGUGCUUCUCUCAAAUAGGACCCCAGAUUGACCUGGGGCCUCACUUCCCAUCCCCCUACCCACCCAUACCAAGGGUGACCUCCCUCCCUUCAUCCAAAAACUGCCUUGGUAUCUGAGAUAUGCGAACCCUGGGGGGAGCAGAGAAGGGCUCUAGCCUGUUCUGUUAGUCUUUGAGGAAGAAAGAGCAUGUGUGUGGUCCCAAAGAUGGGAUGGGGCAGGAAGGCAGUGGGAGAAGAGGCUGGUUGCCCAUCUUGUCUAGGGUUUGGUCUGGUGGUGGUUUAAACUGUGGGGGUAGCAGUGUGUGUGUAUACGGGGAGGGUGUCCUGUGCUGACCAGAGGCACCAUGGGAAUGACUGUGCCCCCAUGGCUACUCCCAGCACAGAACAACCAUCAGGCUGGGGAUGAAGGUGGGGUCCUGCCAUUUGUGGGGGCACUUUUAAAAAUGCAUUUAAAGUCAAGUGCAUUUCGAGGGCGCUCAAGGAAAGCUGGGGCUGAGGCAUUCCUGGACACGAGCCUUGGCCCAGAGAACUCUGUUCUGGCCUCAUUUCCAUCACUAGCUGCUCCCAGGGAGCCUCUGGUUCGCUGUUGACUACUGUUCUCUUGGGGAUGCCGGCAGAAGCGGUGCUGAAAAAGCAGCAUCAGGCAAGAUCAUGGCCCACCCUAGGGACCCCCAGCAGGAUCAUUCCCCACCUUAGGGACACCCCCAGUAGGAUCAUGGCCCACCCUAAGGACCUCCCCAGUAGGAUCAUGCCCCACCCUAGGGACUCAGAGCAGGAUCAUUCACCACCUUAGGAACCCCCA